AUGAUUUUAGUAAAACAAUAUAAUUUUAACAUAUUUAAAAAUUCUACUUCAGACUUAUGUAGACGGGAAACAGAAGAGGAAUUAUGUUACAAUUCUGAAGGUGUGAGAUUAUUAGACCUGAUUAGUAAGGAAUAUAAAACAUUUUCUAUACAUUCAGAUUUAUUCUAUUUCUUAAAAUUCUAUUCAAGUAUAAACUUUAAAAAUGUGGCUAAUGACUGGCUAUAUUCAUUAGUUAUAGAUGGAAAAUUAUAUUUAGGAUAUCACAUAUUGUCAUUUAUAAUUUUAGUAGAAGCAGAUUUUGAAUAUAAUGCAUCUGAAAAAAUUGAACAUUUACAAAGUGGUAUUGAUCCACCAAAAAUUUUUCAUAAGGAUUAUUUGGAAUUUAAAAAAGAAAAUAAUAAUAUUCUUAAAAAGUUUAAAGAAGAAAAAAAUAUUAACAACUUUUUUAAUUUUAUUAAUAAUAUAAAUAAAAGUAAUGAAAAUAUUAAUGAAGUAUAUCAUAAAAAUUAUAAUUCAAUUCGAAGUGAUAAUGAUUUUUUAUGUUCAUCAGAAAAUAAUAACGAUCAUUACUAUUCAGGGUGCUAUUAUAUAGAUAUUUUUAAUUUAUAUCUUUUUUCUAUGUUUGAUAAAGUUAGUAAAAAAAUGAUUAUGAGUGUAUUUCCAAUUCAAAAAUAUGGAUUAGAAAAGUCUAAAGAAAUGAUACGUAGUUUUAUAAAAUAUGAAGAUUUUAUAAAAAAAAUAAUUGAAGAAAGAAAAAGUGAUACCGUAAAUUUUUUAAAUUUCAAAAUGAGUAAUACAAAUAAUGAAAUAAAUAACAAUAUUCCAAGUAAAAUGCAUAUAAGUAAUAAUAAAGAAAAUUUAUUUUAUUCUUCACCAAAACCUUUGAAGAAAAAAAAAUAUUAUUCUAAGUUUUUUAUAGAACGCAAAAGAAUUAAGAAUUCAAAAAAAUACAUUAAAAAAAAAAAAUAUUAUUUUUAUAUUAAGUGUUUCAGUAAAAACAAUACUUGUAUUUUUUUAAAAGAAUAUAAAUAUUGUAGACAUAAGAAUAAUAAUAAAAAAUUAGAAGUUGAAAUAUUGAAAGGAUUUUUGAAUAAAAACAAUAUAGAGGAAAUAUUAAUAAAAUAUAUAAUAGAAAAUGAAGAAUUAAUAAUUAAUCAAAAAAAAACUAUAUAUUUAAAUGAAUACCACAAAUUAAUUAAUUUAAUAGAUAGUAGUAAACACAAUUUUAAUAUUUUUGAAUGGAAGUACAUUUUAGAGGAUAUAUUAACAAAAAAAGAAAAUAUAUCAUAUUUUGAAUAUAAAAAAAUAAAUAGAUUAAACUUUAGAAAAAUAAGAGAGCAAUAUAAUAUGAAAAAUAAUAAGUUAAAAGAAUGUUUAAUUUUUACCAUAUUAAAUAAAAAUAAUAAUGAUUUAUAUAAUAAGGAUAUUAACAGAAAAUAUAAGAAUAUAUUAGUAACAAACUCAAGAAGAAAUAAUUUCAUAAAAUAUAAAUUUCUUAAAAUUAAAAAUGAAAUAUGUGAUAAAAUGAAUUCCCAUAAUAUUUUCACAUGCACAAAAGAAAGUAAAUUUUUUUUGAAAUUUUUAUUAUAUAAUUCGUACAAUUCUAAUACAUUUAUUUCAUUAUAUAACAAAAAUAUAAAGAAAUCAUUUAUCUUUAUUCACAAAAAAUUGAAUUUAAUAAAAAAGAACAAAGAGAAAAAUUUAUUUAGAUAUAUUAUAUAUUACAUAUAUAGAUCUUUAAGAUUAAAAAUUUCCAAGUAUAUAAUGAAAAAAAAUAUUGUUAAAAUUUUGAACAAAUUUUUUUCAAAUACAUUUUCUAGUUUAAAACAGAAUAACAUUUUUAAAACAUAUUUCCGAAGUGACAUUUUAAAAAAAAAAAAUUCUUGUUACUAUAUACAUAAUUGGAUAAAAGUAGAAUCGAAGAGGUAUAUAUUUAGAAGUAUCCUGAGUUUUUAUAUUUAUCUUUAUAUAUUCAUUUUUAAAAGAAAUGAUUUAGAAAUAAAAAAACUAAUCAAAAAUUCAGAGCAUUUAAUUAUUUUUAUAAAAGGAUUACAAAAAAAUAGUUUGAGAAAUAAUUAUUCAGAAGAAAAGAGAUAUUUAGAAUAUCUAGAAUUAUUAUUUAAUAUAUAUAGGAAUUACAAAAGUUGUUAUAAUUAUGGAAAAAAUUAUCUUAUGAAGUUUAUGAGUAAUAAUAAGAAUUUUGAAGAUGAUAUUAUUGAUUAUAAUGAUAAGAUAUAUGUAAAUGAAAUUAAUGACUUUAGAUAUAAUAAAAAUAUAAAUUGUAAUUAUUUAAAAGAAGAGUACUAUUAUAAUUUACUAAAUAAUGACAACAACCAAGAUAAAAAUAAAAGAAGUAAGAAUAAUAAAAAUCAAAAUAGAAAUGGAAGUAAUUAUAAUAAUGAUAAUGGUGAAAACAUUAAAAAUAAUAACAGUAAUAAUAAUAAUAAUAAUAAUAGUAAUAAUAAUAAUAAUAAUAAUAAUAAUAAUAAUGGCAACAACGAUAGUAACAACAGCAGUAGCAGUAACAGAAAUAACAACAAUAGCAACAGUAGCAAUAAUGGCAAUAAUAACAACAAUAAUAAUAAUAACAAUAAUAAUAAUAACAAUAAUAAUAAUAACAAUAAUAAUAAUAACAAUAAUAAUAAUAAUAACGAUAAUAAUAAUGAUGAUAACAAUGACAGUGAUGAAAAUAAUGAGAAUGAAGAAUCUAAUGAAAAUGAGGAUGAAAAUGAAGAAUAUAACAGCAAUAAUGAAAAUAAUAGUAAUGAUAAUUAUAGAUAUGAUGAAAAAGAUAGCAAUGUUGAUAAUGAAAAUAAGAAAAAUAUUAAUGGAGAUCUAAAUAACACUAGCAAGUAUAAUAAUAACACCAAUAAAAGUGAGAUCAGUACAAAUUAUUUUGAAAAUAGUUGCAAUAUAAGUGUAAAUAAUAGUCAUAAUGAAUGUUAUGAAGAAAAUAGUCAGUUGUAUGGUCACAAUGAAGAAGGAUUUGCAGUAAGUAAUACCAAUCUUAUGAAUAAUAAACCUAAUUCUCCAAAUGGAACAAUUUAUGAUAAUAUGACCAAUGGAAAUAAUAUUGAUAAUGAAAAUAGAAAUUGUGAUAAUGUUUUUAAUAGCAUUAAUAGUUAUCUUAAUAACUACGUGGAAAGUAAUAAAAAUAAUGUUAAUUCACUUAAUCAGGAUACUUUUAGUAAUAAUGAUGAAAAUACAUCAAACUCAUUAAGUGCUCCAAAUAAAACGAUAGACAAUGUUUUAUCAAAUAAUUAUGAGGGAACCACUGGAGAAACCCUUAAAACUAAUGAAGGUGUUAAAGAAGAAGUAAAUGAUACUUAUGAUCCAAAUUUUUUCAAAAUAAAAAAGAACAGCACUGAUCAACAAAAGCAUAUAGAACCGAGUGUACAAAAAAAAAUAACGAAAAAAAGAAACAAAGUAAGGAGUGAAAAAAGUAACAAAAGUUUAGAUGAUGAAAAAAAGGAAGUCUUGAACAAAGUUUCUCAAAUAACAAGAGUAGGUGGUGUUUGUUUUGAUAAGAAUAGACAAAGAUGGAUAGCUCAUUGGAAAAUUGAUGGAAAAUACCAUAAACAUUAUUUUCCCAUAAGUCAAUAUGGAUUUGAAAAUGCUAGAGAAAGAGCUGUUAACUGUAGAAAACAAGCAGAAAAACUUUUCAAUCUACCAGAAAUUCAGCCAAGAAAUAGAUGGAAUCAAAUAAAAGUUAAUGGAACAUCCCAUUUAAAAAAAGCAGCUAAGUUACCAAGAUGCGAAGGAGUUGGAUAUGACGAAUUAUCCCAGAGUUGGGUAAGUACAUUUGUUGUUCAUAAAAAAUUUUCUAUUGAUGAAUUUGGAUUUUAUGGAGCAAGGGAUAAAGCUAUUUAUUGUAGAAAGGCUUUUGAAAAAGUAAAUGGUAAUGAUAAUUAUGAAUGGCUACUUAAGGAUAAGUUAGGAAUAAGCGAAAAAGAAAAAGAUGAGUUAUCUGAUUUAAUAAAUAUAGAUAAAAGUAUAUUAGAGAAUAAUAAUGAAUUAGGAAAUAAAACAAAAAGUACUUCUGAAAAAAUACAAGUUAAAGAUGAAUCCCCUUCAGAACAAAAUAAUGAAAACUCUUCUGAUGUAAAAAUAUCAAAUGAACAAUAUCUAAAAAUAACACAGGAAGCCAUUGAAAUGAUAUUAAAUAAUAUAAAACAUAAAUCCUUACCAGAAAUAAAAUUAAAACUAAUUGAUAAACAAAAAUUUGAAAAUUACAAUACAUUGCUUGAUAAACAUUUUAAAUUUAUAACAUCUGUUAAAAAUAUUUCUCAGCUUAGACCAUAUAUAUCUUUGUUUCAUAAAUUUAUUAUUUAUCACACACUUCCACAUAAUAUUUCUUUAAGGAAGCAAUUGUUUAUUAUUGAAGCUCUUGAAUGGUCCUCGUUUUUUUCAGGUGCUGCCAACCAAAAAAUUGAUUAA